AUGUGCCUAGACGAGGCGCUCCAGGGCCCAGGCGGCGAUCCUCGGUCUCUGCCAAGCUCUAAUAGCAAUCCGACCAUGUGGUUCAACUUGAAGUUGCACGGCGUCUUGCGUAUUACAUCCGAGGGUGAACCCUUGAAAUAUUGGCGACAAGAAGCGAGGUUGGUUUUGAGGUGGAGGACAGCUGGUCUGAAAGGACAAUGUUCAGUGCAAGAAUGGAUGGAAAGAUGGCACCGACGAGACAAUCAAAAGAUUGUCCGCGAUAUCCGUCGUCUAUUGACAACGGUGUCCUCAAAGGUCCACGCGAAACGGCGACACAGCUUCUGUAACUCUCCCCGAAUACAAUUCGUACAUUCACCAGCACUCGACCUUCCAUAUUUACCAACAGAGAUAUGGCUCAUGAUUUUACGGGAAGCGACAACCAUGGAUUCAGACCCCCUCGAUAUCUCCCUCGGCCUCUCAUUUUUGGAAACCCCAUGCGAAGUCGCAGAGUACAACGCCGCCAUGAAAAUCAAGCGGGACCUUUCGCUUGUAAGCAAAGCGUGGAAUAAAUACCUGCAGGAGUACCUCUACGAGUUUGUUUGGAUCAGUCGAGCAAGCCAAGCAAAAGCCCUCGCGCUUACCUUGCUCACGCAAUUUAUAGAGGGCAAGCCCUCGAGCGGCCACUACAUCCGCCGAUUGCACAUGGAAACACCCGUCCUCAUGCGGUGCGCUACCGAUGAUAUCCGUACCAUUCUCGAUUACGCCCCCCAUCUCGUCAUCUAUUCUGAUCAUCACUCAGUGAGAUGCACGCGGUAUUCAGAGUUCAUUGACGUGCGCUGUUCGCCGGAACAGAUGGUUUCUGUUCUUGGCUCGAAUAGCAAGCUUCGCAGGCUUUCUCUUACCAACUACAGCGAUGAUCCCUUCCCGAAACACGUGUCUCCCCUCCUCCGGCGGACUGCUGCUCAUCUAGAAUAUCUAGAAUUGUCAUCAUCCAGCAUACCCCUCGUCUCUGGCCACCUCUUCGCGUCGAAAUCUCCCAUUGUUUCCCUUCCUGUACUUCAGUCCCUUAAGCUGACCCUCGAUAACACAACAUUCGCGGUACUUGCGGCAUGGGACAUGCCUAAUUUGCGAAAUGUAUCCGUAGUCUCUUCAGAUUUUGGCUACGCAGGCCCAGGGUUCGCUUAUUUCUUUGCCGCGCAUGGCAAAAAACUACACCAGCUGGAGCUGGGACACUCUUCUUCGCUCGUCGUCGAGCACUAUCUCUCACUUCGUCCUCGCCCUGUGCAACAAAUUCCGCUAGCAGAAUGGUGCCCCAACCUCAAAGAGUUCAUCUGUUCUGCGGAUGCAGAGUGGAACUGGCAGAGCCCAGAUUGGAUAGCGCCACAUGUCCUCCUUCCUGGGCACAAACACCUUGAAUUCAUCGGCAUUCGCGACAUUGACAAGCGUCUCAUGGAUGACGCAUCUGCUUUCCCUGCAGACGUGGAGGAUGAUGCUCCAUUUUUCCCAUUGGCGGAGCAAAUCUCGUCGCUACUCUUCAAUACUGCCUUCCCAUCUUUACGGUAUAUCCGUGACCUGAGCCGCGCAUCACACUCAAUGCGCGGCGGACAGCUUCCCGAGACGCGAAUCCUGAAGUUCUGGGCCAAGAUUCUUGCCCGUUGUGGUGAGCGGCAAGUCUGGCUUGAGGACUUCCGGGGUGUCAAUAUUACGUUGCGGGACCUCAAACGGGUGGGGCUGGAUCGCGUGGGAGGUACUGGCAGCCUCGUCUAG